AUGGAGAAACAUCUGGAGACCUGUCAAAUUUUGGACACAUCUGCUGCACUCGACCCCCCCCUCCUUCCACCAUCCACUCUUCCACAAGAUGUUCCCUGUGCCCCACCUGCCACCUCCUCCGCUGCCCAGCCUACCCUCUCCUCCGCUGACCAGCCUACCACCUCCUCCGCUGACAAGCCUAACACCUCCUCCGCUGCCCAGCCUACCACCUCCUCCGCUGACCAGCCUAACACCUCCUCUGCUGCCCAGCCUACCACCUCCUCCGCUGCCCAGCCUACCACCUCCUCCGCUGACCAGCCUAACACCUCCUCCGCUGCCCAGCCUACCACCUCUUCCGCUGCCCAGCCUAACACCUCCUCCGCUGCCCAGCCUAACACCUCCUCCGCUGCCCAGCCUACCACCUCCUCCGCUGACCAGCCUAACACCUCCUCCGCUGCCCAGCCUACCAUCUCCUCCGCUGCCCAGCCUACCACCUCCUUCUCCUCCUCUAUCCAGCACACUACAAGCUAUAAGAAGGCACAAUGUUCUCAUUGCGGCCUAAUCUGCCUUGCAAAGAAUUUGAACAAUCACAUUCACAGGAAACACAGAAAAAAAAAAACCUGUGACAGUGUGUUGAGGGCUAUCUGUGUGGAUGCAACAAAUGGGAUAUCUGCUGUACAAAAAGCAUCCCAUGGAUUUUCAGUGCCUAUUCAUGUGCAAAAAAAAACCUGGGGCCACCUGCAUAAGGUGCAGUGUGAACUUGAAGAAUGCAGGCAGUAUCACUUAAUGGCACUGAGGAGUGGGUUAACUUUUAGCCAGUGUGAGCACAUCCGCUCACUGGAAUAUUGCAGAGAAAUAGCCACAGAGGAAUGGCUUAAGGAGGAGACACUGGAGGAAAUGGUUAACUUGAAAUUCUUUGGUGAGGCAAAAAAGGCAACCUGCAAGAAAAGGCAACAACAGGCACAGAAGGAGCAUGUCCCUCUCUGUGUAGAGGUUUCAUUUCAAAAAAAUCCUACUCAGUACUGUUUGUCUGUACACGAGCCAGCUUUACACCACUACAGUCAGCUUGGGAGGGUGAUGGUGACAUACAACUCCACAGCUCACACCUGGCAUUGUCCUUGUGCCAAACCAAGAACAUCCUGUGUCCACAAAAACAUUGGCAAGUGGCAUCUAUUUCAGAAAACACCAGAAAUAUUCAGAACAGAGACUGUAGCAAGUACACCUCAGCUACAACAAAAUAGUCUCUAUCCGCCAUCUGCAGACAUCUUGGAGCAACUUGUUCACUACAUUAACAAACAUAAACGGCUUCCAGACACCUUGCCAGAUGACAUUAUUAAACCAAAACCAUCAGCAAGUUACAUUACAGAGUUGCAUCCAUCUGAGACAACUUGCACCAUCUGUCCUGGGUCUGUGCAUCUUGAAAAAUCAACUUUAAUUUCCAAAAAUGCACGGAUAAUCACUAUGAAUGGUGUAAUUGAACAUGUAUCAACCUAUUUCCGGCGAUGCCCACAGUGCCACAUGGUGUACCGUUAUCAGGAAUGGAUUGACAGCCUUCACAAUUUUGAUGAUCAUGUCAUAUUGAACCUGGAACUGUGUCUAUAUUUGAGGCUGAAUUUACAGAACAAUGUUUCAGUCUCCAAGGUAAUCGAAUCACUGGAAGGCCUAAGGAAAGUAACAUUUCCAUCCAAACAUACAAUCCUCCAUGCAUACCUCCACUUCGAGGCAUUGACAAACCACAAUUACUCUUAUUCCUGUGUCUGCUGUGGCUACCAUCCUCCAGUGGUUGUGAUGGACCUCCAUAAGAAAGGGGUGUUUAACUUGCCCGUGAGUGACAUAGAAGAAGUCUCCGAGAACUUCACUGGGGAGGUCAAUAUUGAGGAGUUCUGGGAUUCUGUGCAGCUUGAGAUGAUUUCCCGUGCCUUUUUCCCAAGCCAUGCAAAGAACAACUUUGCUGUCCAUCCUAGUUUUGAGCACUGGGCCCCAUGGAUUGGGAAGAAUACACGCAAGUCUGACACUGUGUUAAACACAGAAUUUGAAAAAGUUUCCUCUUCAAAGUCCUCAUCUGAAGCUGAGCUGAGCAUGGUUUCAGAGGACCGUCUGAUGGAUGAGCUCAUGAAGCAGAAGGUUUCUACAGUGCGCAAGCUGUGUAAGGCCUGCAAUUUGGACUCAAAGGGAUCAAGGAAUGACCUCAUCAACAGACUAAGAGACGAGAUGAAAACCAGACAUACAUAUGACAAAAUCUUCCAAAAAAUCUGGGGAGCUUCAGGGGGCUGGUCUGUGAUUCUCUGCCCUCAUGGUGUUAUAUACAGUGUAAAGUUUAACCUGAGGGCAGAAUCGCCAAGAGAUUUUGCUGACCUCCUUCUCUCCUGGAAGCACCUGCCAAAUGUUUCUGUUUAUGAUUUUGCUCGUGGUUUGGCAACUCAUGUCAACCUCCGUGUCCCAACCACACUACCUAUCAAGCCACAUGAAGGGAGACUAGCUGAAACAACCGACGAAAAUGUCACAGCUGCUCACCAGGGAAAACUCAGAAUCCCUCUUCCCUGGUUGACUGAAAAGUUAAAAAAUCCUGAUGUUGAUGGGCAUCCUUGCACUGGGUCUUCAGACCAUUAUGUCCUUUAUGACAAAUUUCAUGAGGCCAACACCAAGGAUCCAAAGGAGGUUUUAAGGAGGAUCAACCUGGUCCCAGAACUCCAGGGUUCCCUGAAUAGCCAGGUGGCUGAGCAGCUAUUUUCAACUCUAAGGAAAAACAAUUACUUCCUCAAUAACAUGGCACCUUCGACGCACAUUUUUACAAUGAGAAACCUGGUACAUCAUCGAAACACAAAAACAAACAAAAAUAUUCUGAAAAACCUGCUCAAGAGAGGAGGAGAUUCAGAGUCUCUGCAUGACAUCGCUCUAAGUGAAAAUGGACAAGCAGUGUUAGCCUUGGGAAUCCUACCAUCAAAGAACUCUGCACAGCAUCAACAUCUGCCAUCACCAGUUGGAGCCCCUUUGCAGCCACAAGGUCUUCACGCUGACACACACAAAGAAACCUUUCUCAAUCGAUAUUUCCUGGAGUGUGGCACGAGACCACUGGGUUUUCCAAGACAGCCAUAUGGACACGACUGUGGGAUCUUCAUGUUGAUGUAUGCCCUCUACUCUGUCCUGGAUGCCCCUUAUGAUUUCACCGUGGUGGACAUGCCAGCUUUGCGAAAGUGGUGGUGUGUUAUGCUCCUGGAGAAUUUUGAACUUGGAAGCUAUGGCAAAAUGUUUGCCCACUGGACAGACAUUUCAAAGGGUGUGCUGCAAGAUGAGGUGCCACCAGUGUAUCAUUUAAAGAAACGGAAGAUGGAUGACAUCACUGAGACAGAGGAGCAGCCACAACCUGUUGCAAAGCGUCAGCAAUCUUGCACUGAAAGAGCUGUCGAAAUGCCAGUGGAUGUGGAUGAAGUGGGGGCCAGGAUACUUCAUCACUGCAAAAAGGCCGCAGAGUGGGUUGAAACAAACCAACAUUUGUUUUCGGCAAAGGUGGAGUUUCCCUGUGUCCUCACUAUGGGAGAGGAAGAAGUGGAAGAGGUUGUGCGGCAGUACAGAAGGCUUUGGGAUGAAGAAGAACGUUGCCAGCUUGAUGACCAGGAGACAGAAGACAUCCUUGACCAUUUCAAAUUUAAAUUUGAAAAUGUGGAAGACAUGUGGGUCUUUUGUGAGGAGAUUAUUGAGAAAAGAGGAUACACAACAUACACUGAAACUGAAGUGAAGGAGUAG